AUACGGAUUGUAUAGUUCACCCUUUGAUCCGGUUCUCUUUGAUUUGGAAAUAAGUGGAUCUUCAUGUAAAAAUGUGUACAACAGCAGCACUGGAGUGCAGUCAGACGAAAUUGAUUUGUCUGAUGUCCUCUCAGGAAAUGGGAAAAUAAGUAGCUGUGCAGCUGCUGAAGGUAGUUUUACGUCCCUUACUGGACUUCUGGAAGUUGAACCUUUGCACUUUACCUGCGUUUCAACAAGUGAUGGAACUAGAAUAGAAAGGGACGAUGCAAUGAGUACUUUUGGGGUUACCCCAGCAGUUGGUGGCCUCUCAUCUGGAACGGUUGGGGAAGCGUCGACCGCACUGAGUUCAGCAGCCCAGGUAGCUUUGCAGUCUCUCUCUCAUGCAAUGGCUUCAGCCGAGCAACAGCUCCAGGUGCUGCAAGAGAAACAGCAGCAGCUUUUGAAACUUCAGCAACAGAAAGCUAAGCUGGAAGCAAAGCUACAUCAGACAACAGCGGUAGCUGCAGCAGUAGCAGCAUCAGCAGUUGGUCCUGUUCACAACUCUGUGCCUUCUAAUCCAGUUGCAGCCCCAGGGUUCUUUAUUCAUCCUUCAGAUGUCAUUCCACCCACACCAAAAACAACUCCUCUGUUCAUGACUCCACCUUUGACUCCACCUAAUGAAGCAGUUUCUGCAGUUAUCAAUGCGGAGCUUGCUCAACUUUUCCCUGGUUCAGUCAUUGAUCCUCCAGCUGUUAAUCUUGCUGCUCACAACAAAAAUACAAGCAAGUCCAGAACGAAUCCACUUGGAUCUGGUCUUGCUCUUGCAAUAUCUCAUGCUUCACACUUUCUUCAACCCCCACCUCAUCAGUCAAUUAUUAUAGAGCGAAUGCACUCAGGAGCAAGAAGAUUUGUGACAUUGGAUUUUGGAAGACCUAUAUUGCUGACAGAUGUAUUGAUCCCUACAUGUGGCGAUUUGGCUUCUUUGUCAAUUGACAUCUGGACUUUAGGCGAAGAAGUGGACGGGAGGCGGCUGGUAGUGGCUACGGACAUUAGCACCCACUCCCUUAUCCUACAUGAUUUGCUGCCACCCCCAGUUUGCAGGUUCAUGAAGAUCACUGUUAUUGGUCGAUAUGGUAGUACAAAUGCCAGAGCAAAAAUCCCAUUAGGAUUUUACUACGGUCAUACCUAUAUCUUGCCCUUUGAAAAUGAGCUGAAGCUCAUGCAUGAUCCCCUCAGAGGAGAAGGUGAAGCUUCAAAUCAGCCAGAAAUUGACCAACAUUUGGCAAUGAUGGUUGCAUUGCAAGAAGACAUACAGUGCAGGUACAACUUGGCUUGUCAUCGGUUGGAAAUCCUUCUGCAAAGCAUCGACCUUCCUCCUCUCAAUAGUGCUAACAAUGCCCAGUACUUUUUACGAAAGCCAGACAAGGCAGUAGAAGAAGAUAGCAGGGUAUUUUCUGCUUACCAAGACUGCAUUCAGCUACAGCUUCAACUCAAUUUGGCUCACCAUGCUGUUCAGAGGCUCAAAGUAGCUUUAGGUGCAAGCAGAAAAACACUGAAGGAGCAAUCUGACCCAAAAGAGUUGAUUCAGAUGUCAUCCACAGAACAGUUACGCACCAUCAUUAGAUACUUACUGGAUACUUUGCUCAGUUUGCUUCAUUCUUCCAAUGGACACUCUGUUCCUGUGGUUCUGCAAAGUACUUUUCAUGCUCAAGCUUGUGAGGAAUUAUUUAAACACCUGUGUAUAAGUGGAACUCCAAAGAUAAGAUUGCAUACUGGCCUUCUACUUGUUCAGUUGUGUGGAGGAGAAAGAUGGUGGGGCCAGUUUCUUUCAAAUGUGCUACAGGAAUUGUACAAUUCGGAGCAACUUCUCAUAUUCCCACAGGACAGGGUCUUCAUGUUGCUUUCAUGCAUUGGCCAAAGAUCACUUAGCAACAGUGGCGUUUUAGAAAGUUUACUUAAUCUUCUGGAUAACCUGCUGUCACCACUGCAACCUCAUUUACCUGUGCACAGAAGAACUGAAGGAGUAUUAGACAUUCCCAUGAUCAGCUGGGUUGUAAUGCUGGUAUCCAGACUGCUGGAUUAUGUAGCUACUGUUGAAGAUGAAGCAGCCACAGCUAAGAAGCCUUUGAAUGGAAAAGAGAGGGAACGAUUUGUGACAGGAAACCAGUGGAGUUUUAUUAAUAACAGCCUUCACACUCAGAGUUUGAGCAGAUCUACUAAAGGCAACAGUAGCCUAGACAGACUAUAUUCCAGAAAGAUCAGAAAACAGCUUGUUCAUCAUAAACAGCAACUUAACUUAUUAAAAGCAAAGCAGAAGGCUUUGGUGGAACAGAUGGAAAAAGAGAAAAUACAAAGCAACAAAGGAUCAUCAUAUAAACUUUUAGUAGAACAGGCAAAACUAAAGCAGGCUACUUCAAAGCACUUCAAGGACUUAAUACGCUUACGUCGGACUGCUGAAUGGCCUCGUUCUACAUUAGAUACAGAAGUAUCAGCAGCUAAAGAAACUCCAGAUAUCGAACCACUUCCAUUUACACUGGCACAUGAACGUUGUAUUUCUGUGGUGCAGAAGCUGGCACUGUUUCUCUUGUCCAUGGACUUUACGUGUCAUGCAGAUUUACUUCUGUUUGUUUGUAAGGUACUUGCUAGAAUUGCAAAUGCUACAAGGCCAACAAUACAUUUGUGUGAGAUUGUGAAUGAAACUCAGCUGGAAAGACUGUUGUUGCUUCUGGUUGGGACCGACUUUAACAGAGGAGACAUCUCCUGGGGAGGAGCAUGGGCUCAAUAUUCUCUGACUUGCAUGCUGCAGGAUAUUUUAGCAGGAGAGUUGUUGGCACCUAUUGCAGCUGAAGCUAUGGAAGAAAGCACCUUGGGCGAAGAUACUGGAGCUUCAGCUGGGGAUUCUGAUGACUCUCUCCAGCAACCAACAGUUCAAUUAGUGGAGACCAUAGAUGAGCCAUUGACACAUGACAUCACAGGUGCUCCACCUCUUUCAUCUUUGGAAAAAGAUAAAGACAUUGACCUGGAAUUACUGCAAGACCUCAUGGAAGUUGAUAUUGAUCCUUUGGAUAUUGAUCUGGAAAAAGAUCCCCUUGCAGCCAAAGUCUUCAAGCCUAUAAGCAGCACCUGGUAUGAUUACUGGGGUGCUGAUUAUGGUACCUACAAUUACAAUCCUUACAUUGGAGGUGUUGGAAUUCCUGUUGCAAAACCACCGGUAGCAACAGAGAAGAAUGGAUCGCAAACUGUGAGCGUAUCUGUCUCCCAAGCUUUAGAUGCACGUCUAGAAGUUGGACUUGAACAGCAAGCUGAGCUAAUGCUGAAAAUGAUGUCCACCCUCGAGGCUGAUUCCAUCCUACAGGCAUUAACAAACACAUCUCCUACAUUAACCCAGUCUCCCAGUGGAACAGAUGAUUCAUUGCUGAGGGGGUUACAUGCUGCGAACCAGAAUGCACAAUUGAUGGUGCAGUUGUCAUCUGUACCUAUGCUGAGUGCCUGCUUCAACAAACUCUUUUCCAUGCUCCAAGUUCAUCAUGUUCAGCUUGAAAACCUUUUACAGUUAUGGCUCACAUUAAGCCUGAAUUCCAGUUCCUCUGGUAGUAAAGAUAAUGGCGCUGAUAUUUUCCUGUAUAAUGCUAAUCGAAUACCUGUAAUUUCUUUAAACCAAGCUUCUGUGACUAGUUUUCUAUCAGUUCUGGCAUGGUAUCCUAAUACCUUACUCCGGACAUGGUGCCUGGUGCUUCACAGCUUAACUCUUAUGACAAAUAUGCAGCUUAAUGCUGGUCCAAGCAGUGCCAUCGGAGCUCAGGAAAGUACUGCCCAAUUACUGGUGUCAGAUCCCAACCUCAUCCAUGUCUUGGUGAAAUUUCUUUCUGGCACCAAUCCUCAUGGAACAAAUCAACACAGUCCACAGGUUGGGCCAACAGCUACACAAGCUAUGCAAGAAUUUCUUACUCGAUUGCAAGUGCAUCUUUCUUCAACAUGUCCUCAGAUGUUCAGUGAAUUUUUAUUGAAGUUAGUACAUAUACUUUCAACAGAAAGGGGUGCUUUCCAGACAGGCCAGGGACCCUUGGAUGCACAAGUGAAACUCUUGGAGUUUACUUUGGAGCAGAACUUCGAAGUUGUGUCCGUUAGCACUAUUUCUGCAGUAAUCGAGUCUAUAACCUUCCUCGUGCAUCAUUACAUUACGUGUUCAGACAAAGUGAUGUCUCGCAGCGGCUCAGACAGCUCCGUAGGGGCUCGAGCGUGUUUUGGAGGACUUUUUGCCAACAUUAUUCGUCCAGGCGAUGCCAAAGCAGUUUGUGGAGAAAUGACAAGGGAUCAACUUAUGUUUGAUUUGUUAAAGCUGGUCAACAUUUUAGUUCAGCUGCCACUUUCCAGUAACCGAGAAUAUAGUGCCCGUGUUCCAGUUGCAAGCAGUACUACAGACAGCGUGUCUGAUGAAGAAAAGGUUUCAGGAGGCAAGGAUGGCAAUGGAAACAAUUCCAGUACUCAAGGGUCGACCGCAUAUGUGGCAGACUUGGUCUUAGCCAACCAACAAAUUAUGAGCCAGAUUUUGUCUGCCCUUGGCCAGUGCAACAGCAGCGCUAUGGCAAUGAUUAUUGGUGCAAGUGGCUUACAUCUAACUAAACACGAAAACUUUCAUGGUGGAUUAGAUGCAAUAUCAGUUGGAGACGGGUUGUUCACUAUCCUGACCACACUUAGUAAAAAAGCAACGACGGUGCAAGUGAUGCUUCAGCCAAUUCUUACCUACAUGGCCUGUGGAUACAUGGGAAGACAGGGUUCUCUCGCCACUUGUCAGUUAUCUGAGCCACUGCUCUGGUUCAUUUUACGAGUGUUGGACACAAGUGAGGCACUGAAGGCUUUCCAUGAUAUGGGUGGUGUUCAGCUUAUUUGUAACAACAUGGUAACAAGCACAAGAGCUAUUGUUAACACUGCAAGAAGUAUGGUUUCAACUAUUAUGAAGUUCCUUGACUCUGGUCCCACCAAAGCAACAGACAGCAGUUUGAAGGCCAGAGUGCUAGCUUCUGAGCCUGAUAAUGCAGAAGGGAUUCACAAUUUUGCCCCUUUGGGCUCCAUCACUUCGAGCAGUCCCACUGCCCAGCCUGCUGAAGUGCUGUUACAGGCUACUCCUCCACACAGACGAGCCCGGUCUGCCGCGUGGUCCUACAUCUUCCUGCCCGAGGAAGCUUGGUGCGACCUCACCAUCCACCUUCCUGCAGCCGUGCUGCUCAAGGAGAUCCACAUCCAGCCUCAUCUGGCCUCUCUUGCAACUUGCCCUUCAUCAGUAUCGGUGGAAAUAAGUGCAGAUGGUGUGAAUAUGUUACCUUUGUCAACUCCUGUUAUCACAAGUGGUCUCACAUACAUAAAAAUCCAGCUCGUGAAAGCUGAGGUGGCCUCGGCUGUCUGUCUCCGUCUCCAUCGUCCCCGAGAUGCUAGUACACUGGGCCUCUCUCAGAUCAAACUGUUGGGCCUCACAGCCUUUGGAAACACCUCGUCUGCCACAGUCAAUAAUCCGUUCCUUCCUUCUGAGGAUCAGGUCUCCAAAACAAGUAUUGGAUGGCUCAGAUUGUUACACCACUGCCUCACGCACAUAACUGAUUUGGAAGGGAUGAUGGCUAGUGCUGCAGCACCCACUGCUAAUCUGUUGCAGACGUGUGCUGCUCUGCUCAUGUCCCCUUACUGCGGGAUGCAUUCACCAAACAUCGAGGCUGUGCUUGUAAAAAUUGGCCUUCAGUCCACCAGAAUAGGCCUCAAAUUGAUUGACAUUCUUCUAAGAAACUGCUCAGCGUCGGGGAGCGACCCUGCAGAUCUGAAUAGCCCUUUACUGUUUGGAAGAUUAAAUGGUCUCUCUUCUGACUCCACAAUAGACAUUCUUUAUCAGCUUGGAACAACUCAGGAUCCUGGAACAAAAGAUAGAAUUCAAGCACUGCUAAAAUGGGUCAGUGAUUCCGCCAGAGUUGCAGCUAUGAAAAAAAGUGGCCGGGUCAGCUAUAUUUGUCCAAACAGCUCAACAAGAGAGUAUGGUCUUUUGAUGCCAUCUCCUUCCCAUUUGCACUGUGUAGCAGCAAUUUUGUGGCAUAGUUAUGAACUGCUUGUUGAAUACGAUUUACCAGCUUUGCUGGACAGAGAGCUCUUUGAAUCCCUGUUUAACUGGUCAAUGUCUCUUCCUUGCAACAUGGUUCUGAAGAAAGCUGUUGACAGUUUACUUUGCUCAAUGUGCCACAUCCAUCCAAAUUACUUUUCCCUACUCAUGGGAUGGAUGGGUAUCACUCCUCCUCCAAUGCAGUGUCAACACAGACUGUCCAUGACUGAUGACAGCAAAAAGCAGGACCUUAGCUCAUCUUUAACAGAUGACUCUAAAAACGCACAAGCGCCUCUUGCACUAACGGAGUCUCACCUGGCUACUCUCGCUGCCUCAUCUCAGUCUCCUGAAGCUAUCAAACAGUUGUUGGACUCAGGUUUGCCCUCUCUGCUUGUAAGAAGUCUUGCUAGUUUUUGCUUUAACCAUACUGCUAGCUCGGACUGCUCUCCGCAACCAGCGGAUCCCACCCAGGAGAGGCUCAGGAGGCAUCAUGUUCCACAGCACUUUAAUAAAAUGCCCAUCACGGCAGACCUGGUUGCUCCUGUUCUCAGGUUUUUGACAGAAGUUGGCAAUAGCCACAUCAUGAAGGACUGGUUGGGUGGUUCUGAAGUCAAUCCAUUGUGGACAGCACUUUUAUUUCUGUUGUGCCAUUCUGGUGCUACUUCUGGAGGACACAACGUCCCACCACAACAGACCAGUACAAGAUCUAGCUUGCUUUCUUCAACUGUAACAGCAGGGUUGACCACUCAGCAGCGAACAGCAAUUGAAAAUGCAACAGUUGCUUUCUUCUUACAAUGCAUUUCUUGUCAUCCUAAUAACCAGAGACUUAUGGCACAGGUUCUCUGUGAAUUGUUCCAGUCCUCUCCUCAGCGUGGGAAUCUCCCAACCUCUGGAAAUAUUUCAGGAUUUAUUAGGAGGCUUUUUUUGCAGCUGAUGCUGGAGGAUGAGAAAGUGACAUUGUUUCUUCAGUCUCCUUGUCCCCUCUACAAAGGUAGAAUUAAUGCUACCAGUCAUGUGAUUCAACAUCCAAUGUAUGGAGCAGGACACAAAUUCCGCACUCUUCAUUUGCCAGUUUCAACAACUCUAGCAGAGGUUCUUGAUCGCGUGUCAGAUACACCCAGUAUCACAGCUAAAUUGAUUAAUGAACAGAAAGAAGAUAAGGAAAAAAAGAACUAUGAAGAGAAAGAAAAAGUUAAAGCAGAAAAUGGAUUUCAGGACAAUUACAGUGUUGUUGUUGCUUCUGGUUUGAAAUCUCAGUCAAAAAGAGCUGUUUCAUCCACUCCCCCACGCCCACCGUCAAGGCGAGGAAGAGUGAUGGCAGAUAAAGUAGGAACCUCUUCUUCAGGAGGAGAAUCUUCCAGCAAGACCAUUAGUGUUCCAGUCUUUCACCUAUAUCAUAAACUUCUACCAGGCCAACCAUUACCAGCUGAAAUGACACUUGCCCAGCUUCUAACUCUGCUGUACGACCGUAAACUCCCUCAAGGCUACCGAUCAAUAGAUUUGACUGUGAAGCUCGGUUCCAAAGUCAUCUCAGAUCCAAGCUUAUCAAAAACGGACUCAUUUAAACGACUGCACACAGAAAAGGAACAUGCAGAUUUAUUGGGACCUUGCCCUGAAGAUGAAGCAAUCAGCCCUGGUGAUGAGUGUAUGGAUGCGGUGCUGGAUGAAUCACUUCUUGAAACGUGUCCCAUUCAGUCUCCACUGCAAGUUUUUGCAGGAAUGGGUGGAUUGGCCCUCAUUGCAGAGAGACUCCCUAUGCUUUAUCCUGAUGUGAUUCAACAAGUGAGCACUCCGGUGGUUACGUCGACCGCGCAGGAAAAGCAGAAGGACAGCGAUCAGUUCGAGUGGGUUACCAUUGAGCAGUCGGGGGAGCUGGUGUACGAAGCACCAGAAACUAUCGCUGCAGAACCUCCACCCAUCAAAUCCACAGUUCAGACUAUGUCUCCCAUUCCUGCACAUUCUUUGGCUGCCUUUGGCUUAUUUCUCCGCCUCCCUGGCUAUGCUGAGGUGCUGCUAAAAGAACGGAAACAUGCUCAGUGUCUGUUGAGAUUGGUGUUGGGAGUUACAGAUGAUGGUGAAGGAAGUCACAUCCUGCAGUCUCCUUCGGCCAACGUGCUCCCCACUCUGCCCUUCCACGUGCUGCGCAGCCUGUUCAGCUCUACGCCCUUGACUACUGACGACGGGCUGCUGCUUAGGCGCAUGGCCCUGGAAAUUGGGGCCAUCCACCUCAUCCUCGCUUGCCUGUCUGCUCUGAGCCACCACGCGCCCCGAGUGCCCAACUCCAGCCCCAACCAGGCAGAGCCACAGGUGUCAAGCACACACAACACUGCAUCGACAGAAGAACAGCAGUUGUACUGGGCUAAGGGAACAGGCUUUGGAACGGGCUCCACAGCUUCAGGAUGGGAUGUUGAACAAGCUUUGACUAAGCAAAGGCUAGAAGAAGAGCAUGUCACCUGCCUUUUACAGGUUCUUGCUAGUUACAUAAAUCCUGCAGGGAGUACAUCAAAUGGAGAGACUCAGAGCAGCCAUGAAGGCAGAGGACAGAACAGCAGCGCUCUCCCAUCCGUUCUCCUGGAGCUCCUCAGUCAGUCUUGCCUCAUUCCAGCAAUGUCGUCCUACCUCCGCAAUGAUUCAGUUCUGGAUAUGGCCCGGCACGUUCCCCUCUAUCGAGCCCUGCUGGAACUGCUCCGUGCUAUUGCAUCUUGCACGUCUAUGGUGCCACUCCUGCUUCCUCUGUCUGGAGAAAACAGUGACGAGGACGAAGAGCACUUGGAAUCACAAGCUUCCGUGGGGACUUUGCUGGCUAAAAUGAAGACCUGUGUAGACACCUACACCAACCGGCUGAGGUCUAAAAAAGACAAAGCAAAAGCAGGAGUCAAGCCAGAUGCUUCUGAUCAAGAACCAGAGGGACUGACACUUUUGGUACCAGACAUCCAGAAGACUGCUGAGAUAGUUUAUGCUGCUACCACCAGCUUGCGCCAAGCAAACCAAGAAAAGAAGAUGGCUGAAUACUCCAAAAAAGUUGCUGUGAAGCCCAAGCCUUUGUCUGUUUUACGGUCUCUUGAAGAAAAGUAUGUGGCUGUCAUGAAAAAACUCCAGUUUGAUACGUUUGAAAUGGUUUCUGAAGACGAUGAUGGCAAAUUGGUUUUUAAAGUGAAUUACCACUACAUGUCUCAGGUGAAAAAUGCAAGUGACGCCAACAGUGCUGCCCGAGCUCGACGUCUUGCUCAAGAAGCUGUGACUCUCUCAACAUCGCUGCCUCUCUCCUCCUCAUCCAGCGUCUUUGUACGCUGCGAUGAGGAGCGGCUUGACAUUAUGAAGGUUCUAAUUACUGGUCCAGCAGAUACCCCUUAUGCAAAUGGUUGCUUUGAAUUUGAUGUAUAUUUUCCACAAGACUAUCCUAAUUCCCCUCCACUUGUGAAUCUGGAAACAACUGGAGGACACAGCGUCAGAUUUAAUCCAAACCUCUACAAUGACGGCAAGGUAUGUUUAAGCAUACUUAACACAUGGCAUGGAAGGCCAGAAGAGAAGUGGAAUCCCCAGACAUCCAGUUUUUUGCAGGUGUUAGUGUCUGUCCAGUCGCUAAUAUUAGUAGCAGAACCAUAUUUUAAUGAACCGGGUUAUGAACGAUCAAGGGGCACUCCGAGUGGUACCCAGAGUUCCAGAGAGUAUGAUGGAAAUAUUCGACAGGCAACAGUCAAGUGGGCAAUGCUUGAACAAAUCAGAAAUCCAUCGCCGUGCUUUAAGGAGGUUAUCCACAAACAUUUUUACUUGAAACGAGUGGAGAUCAUGGCUCAGUGUGAGGAGUGGAUAGCAGACAUACAGCAGUACAGCAGUGACAAACGGGUAGGCAGGACGAUGUCUCAUCAUGCUGCAGCUCUUAAGCGUCAUACAGCUCAACUGCGGGAAGAGCUCCUAAAACUUCCCUGUCCUGAAGGAUUGGAUCCAGAUACUGAUGACUCCGCAGAAAAGUGCGGUGCCACAACAAGCUCAGAAGAGACUAUGUUGCACGAACAGGUUAAACCAAGCAGCAGUAAAGAUAUCCCAAGUGAUUUCAAGUUAUGAGCUGCAUUGACAUGGACUUUCUAGACGCAAAGGCUUUGAAGCACAAGCCAAAUAUGUCAAUAUUUGUAUGUAAGAAGCUAAUUAUGUAAUAGGUAAUGAAAUUGAAACUAUACUAUGCCCUUAAGGAUAUACAGUUUAAUUCAAAAUGAUCUUUUAUUUACCUGUACAAGAGUGUAAACUUUUUUGUGCUUUUAUUUUUCAAUUGUGAGAACCACUGAUUGGUAUGUUUAAAAAGUUAUGUAUACAAGAAAUGGAUAAAUCACUGAUAUAUAAGGGAAACUACCUUAGGAAAGAAUGUUUACUGAAUGUUUAUUAUUUUUUUUUACUUGUAGAGUGAGGACGGUUGUAACAAAGAAUAUAUAUUGGUCAUUCUUACAGCUCCUAUUUAAAGUCAGAAAAUUUUCACUGAAUUUGAUAGAUUUUACGUUUGGCCAUAUAUUCAUGCUCAUAUUUGAUUCUAAAGAAAACCUCCUGUAUACUUCAAUAAAAGUUAAAUGGACAUGAUCCCUCUUUUAUGAUUUACUGGUACAUUUUUUAAAUAAACUGCCAUAAAAUACAUUAUAGCUGAAGACUUGCACUUGUAUGACUGAAUUCAUUACAGUCAACGUAUUUAAUUUUAUGCUUAGUAAUUCUAAAAUGCAGAUGAAAUAAAUGCACAUGGUUUUACCUCAUGCUAAAAUUUGGACUUAUGAAUUUAUCUUUUUAGCUCUUUUAUGCAAAUUAACAGUAUUCCAAUUUUUUUUUC